GAGCCGCGAGCAUGGACAAUGGCUUUCAUAGCGCGUUUGUUUCUCGUUUACAUGUGUCUAGUUCAGUUCCAAUGUGACGUGUACCAGGACAGACCGAAGAUAAAAACCGUCGACGGCGAUAUCAUCAUAGAGCCGGCCUACGGUAAAAACGUCCGCAUAAGACCCAACGGGCCCCAGUCCAACGUCUACGUCGGUGACGUGAAUUUGCUGAGCAUCAACAGGACAUCCGACUACAACCGAGUGUCCCUCACGACACAGAAUGCGGACGUGCCCGGAGACCUGCUGCAUAGAAUCGACCAGCUCGAAACCGCAGCUUCAUCGCUGGCCAGCAGUAUUCAGCAAAAUAUAACCGCCCUAUCCCAGAGAAUCAGAACUCUUAACAUUAGAGUGAGAACUCUCCAAAACAGACUAAACAGUCGAGGCGCCGACGAGUGCCAGAGUCACCCCUGCGAGAACGGCGGGACCUGUCUCAACCUGGUGAACGGCUACCACUGCCUGUGUCCGUCGGCAUGGAAGGGCCGCAACUGCGACGAGGACGUCAACGAGUGUCGCAUAUACGCCGGCACCGACCUCGGCUGCCAGAACGGCGCGACGUGCGUCAACAGACCGGGCUCCUACGAGUGCCUCUGCAAGCCCGGAUGGUACGGCCUGGACUGCACGAGAAAAGCGAAGGACUGCUCCGGCGGAAACUACGAGAUGUGCGGCCACGGGACGUGCAUCCCCGUCACCACGGGGGACGGCAUCGUGUGCAUCUGCGACCAGGGCUGGACCACUAACGGCACGCACGUCGCCUGCCUCACCGACGUCGACGAGUGUGAGACCGGCCGCGGCGCCCGGUGCUCGGUUAACCCCAGGGUCGAGUGCAUCAACUUGCCGGGCUCCUUCAGGUGCGGCACGUGCCCCGCCGGCUACGAGGGCGACGGCUUCACGUGCUACGACGUCGACGAGUGUCUCACCGUUCCCAACGGUGGCUGCAGCACGAGCCCCAUGGUCUCCUGCCACAACACGAUUGGCUCCCGUAUCUGUGGGCCCUGUCCCCCGGGCUACACCGGUGACGGCGUAUCUUGCACCUGGCGAGGCUCGUGCGCCGUCAAUCACGGGGGAUGCCAUCCGUCCGCCCAGUGCGUCGAGUCCUCGGCCCUCGGGAGUCAGGUCGCCCGGUGCAUAUGUCCGAUCGGAAUGGAGGGGGACGGGUUCGGCUUACACGGCUGCUAUAUUUCUGUAGCGGAUCAAAACUCGACCGAUCCCUGCGACGGCAACCCAUGCGGCAGUCACGGCAGCUGCCACCCUCUUCGCCGGGGCUACAGCUGCAUAUGCUACCGGGGCUACGGUGGCGUGCACUGCGAGAGAUACGACGACUUCUGCUCCAGCAACCCAUGUCAGAACGGGGGCACGUGCCGACCGGACGAAAACUCGAGCAGAGGCUUCAGGUGCGAGUGUACGUCCCUGUUUUCCGGUAACGUGUGUCAAUCGCGUUCCCAACCGUGCGGCGGCGUUCUCAACUCGGAGGAAGGUAGUAUAACGUAUCCCCUGUCCAAUCACAGCUACAUCAACAACGCCCGCUGCGCCUGGGUAAUCCACACGGCUCCGAAUAAGGUAAUAAACGUAACGUUCACCAAAUUUAAUUUGGAAUUUCACACUCAAUGUCAUUAUGAUUUCGUUCAAAUCCACGACGGACGCAGCUCCGCGAGUCAAUUGAUAGGAAGAUUCUGUGGAACCGACCUCCCUAACGGAGGAAACAUAAUAUCUAGUCACAACAACUUGUACUUUUGGUUCAGAUCCGACUCCACCGUAGCUAAAACUGGAUUCUCUCUGCACUGGACUAGCGUGCCCCCGCAAUGCGGGGGUGAAUUCAACGCCACCACCCACGGUCGCAUCAGCUCGCCCGGCUCCCCGGGGCCCUACCCGCCCAAUCGCGAUUGCUACUAUCACAUCAAAACUACGCUAGGCAGGAGAAUUCAGCUCCAUUUCUAUCAGUUAGACAUCGAGAUACAUCAGAACUGCAGCUUCGAUUACGUCGCCGUAUACGACGGCGCGCAGACGAUAGAUCCCCUCGUCGGUAAAUACUGCAACUCGACCCAGCCCGCCCCCCUGGAGUCGUCCGGCUCCGAGCUGCUCGUCUACUUCCAUUCGGACGAGUCCGGAGUGGGCAAAGGUUUUCAAAUAUCUUAUGCGCCGAUAGACGGAUUUCCGGGCUGCGGAGGCAUGUUCACCGGCGACAAAGGCGAAAUAGCUUCCCCUGGCUUCGACGGCUCCUACUUACAUAACCUGCUAUGCGAAUACAAAAUUAAAACUAGACCGGAUACAAAAAUUUCAGUGAAAUUCACGUCGUUCGAUAUAGAGAACUCGUUCAGGUGCCGGUACGACUACCUAAAAAUAUACGACGGCGAUUCGGAGAGCUCGCCCCUGGUCGGUAAGUACUGCGGGAAGGUAACUCCCGUCUCGUUCGUAUCUCGGUCGAACUCCUUAUACAUUAUUUUUAAAUCGGAUCACACUAUGGCCGCGGGAGGUUUCAAAAUCCAGUAUCAGUCCUUAUGCCAGCGGACGUUCCUCGGCGACAGCGGCGUGAUCAUUUCCCCCGGAUAUCCGCUAGCCUACCCGAAGCAGACGGUCUGUGAGUACAUCGUGGCCACCACCCCCGGGAGGGCGAUAAAACUGACCUUCCAAGAUUUCGAUAUCGAGGAUAAUAGAUACUACAACUGUCAGUACGACCACGUCGAGGUCAGGGACGGCCCGAGCGCCAACUCGACGUUGAUGGGCAGGUACUGCGGGGGCUCCGAAUUCACCCCGCCGACUCAGAUAUCCUCGUACAACUACAUGUAUCUCAGAUUCAGCUCCGACAUGAGUAUCGUGGGGCGUGGGUUUUACGCGAACUACACGACCGUCGAUAUCGAGUGCGGCGGCGUCUACAAGGCUCCCAGUGCUACCAUCACUCACCCGGCUAACGAUCACGGAAGGUACAACAACGAUCAGACCUGCCUGUGGACGAUCAUCGCCCCGGUAGGAACGCAGAUACAGCUGACUUGGCAGCGGUUCGAUCUCGAGGAAAUGUCGGAGUGCAGUUCGGAUUACGUUGAACUCCUAGAAAUAGUAGAAGGGAGCACCGGAAACAGUAGCCUCGCCAAGUAUUGCGGGUCGACGCUCCCGCCCGCGGUCACUAUAUCGAGUAACAUUUUAAUGAUCAAGUUCGUGUCGGAUAGCUCCAUACGUUCAGAUGGGUUUUCGGUGUCGUACAAAUUCCUCGACGAGAGAAAUCAUUGCGGAGGAAAUUACAUUAAAAAUCAUGGAUUUAUUUACUCGCCGGGUUGGCCGAGCUCGUACGAGCCCAAUAAAGACUGCACCUGGGUGAUAAGCGUUCCUGCGGGGCAACAGAUUUCGUUAAACAUAUCCCAGUUUGAUCUCGAGAGACCGAUCAGAGGAAAUUGCGACCUCGGCGAUCAUCUCACGAUUAGAGACGGCCGCUACAAGGAUUCCCCUUUAAUUGGUAAAUUUUGCGGGUCCUUCCAAUCGAGAACUAUAGUUUCGACUACUCAUAACGUAUUUCUCAAAUUUCACUCGGAUUUCUAUCUAAACGGCAAUGGAUUUAAAAUCGAAUGGGACGGUACAGUGAGAGGCUGCGGGGGAUCGCUCACCGGCUACUCCGGUUCGAUAGCAUCACCCAACUACCCAGAAAAAUACAGCGAGAACGCUGAAUGUUUUUAUAAAAUAAGUACAAGUAGCGGAUCAAAAAUUCAAUUAAACUUCACAGACUUGGAGCUAGAAGAAGUGUCGGGUUGCUCGGACGAUUACGUGGAAAUAUUUGACGGUCAAAAUACUAACGCGAAGAGCUUCGGCAAAUAUUGUAACCUUUCGUCGAAGAAACCGAGGAACAUCGAAACGUCUAGCAAUUUUGCUAUGGUAAAAUUCCGGUCUGAUUUUCUCAUAGCGGGCAAAGGCUUCCUUUUAAAAUAUACCACAAAUUGCCAUAACAAUAUAAGCGGCAGUUAUGGAGUCAUCGAAAGCCCUGGGUAUCCAGAAAAAUAUCCUCCGAAUUCGAAUUGCUUGUGGACGAUCACUGUGCCUAAAGGUAAUGUUAUUAAUGUGACUUUUACCGAUUUUAAUAUUUAUACCAUGUAUAGAAGAAGAUAUUAUACGCCCAGAUCGCAACGUUUUCCAUUUUCUUCGCAACCCUUUUACACUUACGACUUAGUACGACCGGUACAAAGCUAUUCACCUGCUAAAUGUGAUUUUGAUUACAUACAAAUAAAGGAAACGUCGGAUAAAAAUUUUACUGAAAAAAUGUGUGGAGCUACAUUACCGAAAGCUUUCACUUCCAAAACAAAUUCCUUGCAAAUAAAAUUCGUAUCAAUCGACUACUUUUCCUCCAAAGGAUUCCGUUUGGAAUGGAUAAAGCAUGGGUGUGGAGGUCAUAUUCAGCAAAGUGCAGGGCCUCUCUCGUUUGACAGUGUUAAGAAUACACGCGGUGACAUUGAAUGUGAAUGGCUUCUGGAGACUCCGGUUGGCACAUCCGUAUCGCUGACGAUCACAGAUCUCUAUGUAGCGGACUCUCAGAACUGUACACUCGAUGCCCUCGAAAUAUACAACGGUCAAAGUACUUCUUAUCCAUUACUAUAUAAAAUAUGUCACAAAGGAGGAUACACUUUCCAAUCUACUUCCAACUUUAUGCUAGUCCGGUUAGUUAAACGGUCGACUCUGAGAGACACUUACUUGAAGUCUAGUUUCGAUUCGUACAGGGUAGGUUGCGGUGGAAUAAUUCGAUCCCCGUCCGGAUCUAUUCAUUCUAAAAACUAUCCGAACAACUACGAGAAUCAGUUGGACUGUGUCUGGUAUAUAUCGGUGGCCCCGAAUCACAAAAUAGAAAUUAAUUUCAAAGAUCUCGAUCUUUACUACGUCGAGGAUGAGGACGAACAAUGCGACGACAACUUAAAAAUUUACGAUGGUAGUAGAAUUUUGAACUCUAAUUAUAAUUAUUUGGGCUCUAAAUAUUUACAAUCCAAUUAUUCGUAUUUAAUUUGUCCAAAAUCAAAUCGGUCGAGUAUCGUGACGAGGUAUUCAUCUGCUUCGAUUCAGUUUUCUACCAAUAGCUAUGGAACGGCCAAGGGAUUUAUGAUCGAUUUUACGACUGUCUGCGGAGCCGUCAUUAAUGCGACGUACGACGGAAUUAUAAACAGCAAUAACUAUGUUAAUUCGAAAAAUCAAAAUUGUACUUGGACUAUUUCUGCACCGAAUCUAAAUGACAAAAUAAGAUUGACGAUACAAUAUCUCAAUAUACCUAAAGACGACGAUGUCGCUACGACAAGAAGCUGUCCCUCCACUUUCCUUAAAGUUUAUGAUGGUGACGAUGAGAAGGCUCCCUUUAUUGGUGAGUAUUGUGGGAAAAAAAGUCCACCGAUGGUCGUUAGUCGGGGCAACACGUUAACAGUCACGCUUGGAACCUACGUCGAUAAGGUGAACGGUCAAUUCGCUGCACAUUACACACCAUUAAGUACGGCAUGCGGAGGAAAAUUGAGUUCGGAGGAAGGCACCAUAGCGUCACCGAACUAUCCGUUAUCUUAUCCUGUUAAUAUAGACUGCGAAUGGAUUUUAUAUACGUCACCUGGAAACAAGGCUUAUAUUACAUUUGAAAAGUUCGAUUUAGAUGAGUCCGAAAAGUGUAAUGAAGAUUAUCUAGAAGUUAGAGAAGAUAAUGGUGCUGGAAAUUUAUUAGGGCUCUACUGCGGACAUGGAAUACCGUUGAAUCAAACUGUUUCUUCCAAGUUAUAUAUAAAGUUUCACAGUAACAGUGAUAAAACAGGACAAGGAUUUUUACUGCAAUACGGAUUUUUACAUGGCAAUGAUAUUUUUGAUAAACAUGAAGGAGAAAUAGCGUCCCCUCUUUACCCAAAUUUAUACUAUAAUGAGGGUGUAUACUCAUGGCGAGUAACGAGUAAAGGAAAUAAAAAUAUUGUUAUUAAUAUAGAUUCUGUGGAAAUACCGUCGUACUCAGAAGUGUGUAAUAACAAAUUAAUAAUUUAUGAUGGGUACGAUGAAGACGCUUUAGUUUUAAAAGAAAUGUGUGGUUUCUAUAAGAAUAACGCAGUCAGAAUAAGAUCUUCUUCCAGCGUUAUUUUCAUAAAAUUAAUUUUAGAUAAAACUAAUGCAGGAUCAUUAUUCCAUUUAAGAUGGACCGAAACAGAUAGAAACAUUGAUUCGACUACAGCAAGUAAAAUAAAUUGUGGUUUAAAUGAAACUCAAUUAGUUUCUGGGACUCGAGACGUAGUGAUAACGUCUCCAAAUUAUCCAAAUGAAUAUGGAUCUGAUUCAAAUUGCGAAUGGAUAUUUAAGUCGGAACCUGGAAGACAUUUGACAUUAAAGUUUACUGACUUCGCAUUAGAAGAAACACCUAGCUGUUUUGCAGAUUAUAUCAAUGUAUAUACAGCACACGAUGAAAUGAAAUGGACACCUUUAAAGGAAAAUAUGUGUCUUUCAUCAAAUGCCACUGAAAUAAUUGAAGCAUCAACCUAUAUAAAACUCAACUUCAUAUCUGAUUCAUCAUUAAAUAAAAAAGGAUUUACUGCUACCGUAACCUCAGUCUGUGGAGGCUUGCUCGACGAUACGUCAGGGGUUAUCGAAAAUUCCUACUACUAUCAAAGGAACAGGCCAAUUCAGUAUCAAACAACUUGUGAUUGGAUAAUAAAGGUACGGCCCGGACGCACAGUAAAAUUAACAUUUGAACAUUUCAAUAUAAGUAACGGUGACGUUUGCAAUAACUAUGUAGUGAUAAAAAACGGUGCCUCGAAUGAGUCUCCACUACUUGGUGACGGAAAAUAUUGUGGUUACUCUCAUGAAAACCGUAGUGGGAUCCUAUCAACCACAAAUUAUUUAUUUGUGAGAUAUGUGAAAGUUAUGCGUUUCCAAAACACAAAUUUCAGAUUACGAUACGAGGAAAUGAACAUCGAAUGCGGAGGUACGUCACUUUUAGAAAACGACCACAAGUGGGAAAUUAUCACUUCUCCUAAUUAUCCCAAAAUAUCGACCCCCUACACCGAAUGUGUUUGGAAAUUUACUGGUCCCCCUGGUGAAAUUUUGAGAAUAGAUUUUAUUGAGAGAUUUGAUGUAGACUGUGCAGCUGAAGCUGUCGAGAUCCGAGAUGGAUCAACAGACGUAUCACCCCUAAAAGGCACAUUUUGCAAACGUCCUAGUACGAUUAAAUCGAGCAGUAAUCGGUUAUUCGUCAAAUAUUCAACACAUCAACUUGUGCCGAGAAACGGAUUUAAAGCCAAUAUAUCUAUAGAUGUUUGUGGUGCGACAAUUAUGUCUGACUCAGGAGAAGUAGUUUCUCCUAACUAUCCGAGCAUGAUCGUUCUUCCAGCAGGCACAAUUUGCGAAUGGUACAUCACUUCUCUUCCUGGUCAUAUUAUCAACAUAGAAUUCAAGGACAUAGACUUACCUGAAUCCGAAAUUUUAUGCGAGACAAAAAUAACAGUCGAAGAUCUGAGUGUUGCAGAUAGUAAAGCAAGAAAAUUAAAAGAAUUCUGUGAAAGUGACCUCGAAAACUACUCUGAAGCCUUCGAAAGUAUAAGCAAUAAGGUUAUAGUUAAACUACAUAUCGGUAAACCUGGACCUUACUCACACAUUUCAGAUUCUAGAGGCUUUAAGUUUACAUUCAAAUCAUCGAGGCCGGUAUGUGGUGGAACGCUUACUACCUCUGAUGGUAUCAUAACCACUCCAGGCUAUCCCGGAUCAACUAAUCUCAAAUAUUGUCAGUGGAUUAUUGUUCUUCCAAACGAAAAUCGAAGAGUUCGAUUAGAAAUUGAAGAUAGUAGUUCAAAUGUUCAAUUUUCUGCCUACAAUGAUAUCACAUAUGGCUCAAAAAUCGAAGAAGUCGUCGUGGGCAACUCAUCCUUGACAUCGUAUAAUAAAUCAAAAGUUUUCGAAUCAACAGGCAAUAAAUUAGCAUUUUAUAUAUGGAUAACGCCAACAUCCAAUAAAGUAAGUCGAUUCAAAGCAAGAUUUAGCUCCGAUAAUCCAGCUCUGUGUGGUGGAGGUCUUGAAGGUUUACAAGGACAACUCGCAUCUCCCAGCUUAAACAUACCAUACAAUUGUGAAUGGCAUUUCACGGGGCCUGUAAGAAACGGGACCGAAGAAUAUAAAUCUGUAUUUAUUAAAGUGGAAGGUACAACUGUGUGUCGAAAUUAUGCCUUUGGUGUUACGUUACUGUCUCAAGAUGGUUACAUCAGGCACAACAGGAAAGUUUGCGUGAACAAUACGCAAGUUUCAUACCGACUAGCGAGCCCAUAUUUUAAAAUCAAAGCUACACAGUAUAAAAUUCCUAUGCUUUUUACUCUCAAUUGGAAAUUGCAGCCAUGUGGAGGUGUAAUUAAAAUUGAGUCCAAUGAUCCAAUUAACGUUAUAAAUUUACCAGAAAAAUUGGAUGAUCAAGUUGAAUGUGGAUGGCUACUUGUGUCCGAAGGUCGUACACGAAUGGAACUAACUUUAGAAGGCACAUUUAAUCUUGCAUGUUCUGAUGAAUUUUUACUGAUAAGUGACGGAGUGAACUCUUUAAAUUUUGGUGAUUACUGUAAAGAUAGAAUACAAAGUCAACCUCUCCUUUUAUCAUUUGCGGACACCUAUGUGCAAUACCACUCCAACGUUCAGAACAAUAGAAAUAUAAGAUUACUGGCCAAAUCGAUCAGCGCUCAAUGCGGUGGUAUAUUUACGAAGUACGCACAAAUGUUUACGUCCCCAAAUUUUCCGGGUAAUUACAAAGAGAACCAGGAAUGUACUUGGGAAAUACGUGCAGAUUUAGGUUACCGAGUCUCCUUACAAUUUAUCGACCGAUUUGUCGUAGAGGAUACAGUCAACUGUACAAAAGACGCGGUCAUAAUAUACGACUGGAAAGAUAAUGCAUACAAGGAAAUCGCUCGAUUAUGCGGUCGCAAUCUUCCACCUACUUUCAAUUCGACGCAUAAUCAAAUGAAAGUCGUUUUUCGUAGUGACGCUAAUAUAACGUUGGACGGAUUUAAAGCACACUGGAAACCGAUUUGCGGUGGAAACCUGGUGGCGACACAAGAAAAUCAGAUUCUCUAUAGUCCCGGGUACGAUUACGGCUACUCGCGAUCUUUGGACUGUCACUACGAAAUAGCAGCUCCAGGGAAGAAAAUAGUUUUAACAUUUGUAACCUUCGAUUUGGAAGGAUUAGUUAACGAAUGCAAAUAUGAUAACGUGACAGUAUACGCUGAAAGUGAUUACGACAUUAUCAACGAAGUCCUAUGUGGCUCGGACUUACCGAAGCCUAUUAUAGCAACGAACAACGUAAAGAUUGACUUCAAAACGGACAAAUAUGGCCAAAGGAAAGGGUUUAAAAUAUCAUAUUCCACCUUCUCUUGUGGUGGAGACGUGAAAAGCCCAACGUCUAUUGUACUGGAUAAAGCUGACAACGAUAUGAAUUGCACUUGGACCAUUGAAGCACCACCCGACAAGCUCAUAGCAUUGAGGUUUGACUAUAUAGACGUGGAGAGUAGCUACGAAUGUUACAACGGCUAUUUAGGCGUUUUCGAAGGACCUCUUAUAGAUGCUGAAAAACGUCUGGCUCUAUUGUGUGGUCGAAUAAACGGAACUAGCUUAAGGAGUAAAGGCAAUAAAGUCAUUUUGCAAUACUUCUCCGGUAGCAAUUUCCAAUCUAAGGGUUUCAAGGUCAAAGUGCUUUUCACGUUUUCACAAUCGGUCGGGUGCGGAGGCGAGCUAUAUUUAAGCGCUUUGGACAAUCGUAUAUUAAAAUCACCCCUCUUGAACGGAGCGAUGGUAUAUGAAAAUUAUUUGGACUGUCAUUGGAAUAUACAAGCGAACCUGGAUUAUAUAAUUCAAGUAACCUUCAAAUCUUUCCAUAUCGCUCCGUGUUUGAACGUUAACCAGACGGCUCUGGGCUUCAGCAACUGCGACUGCGAUUACUUGACUUUGAAAGACGGGCUGAGUCUGAAUAGCUUCGUAAUAGGCAAAUACUGCGGACACAACAUCCCUCCGCCGCUUUUAUCCUCCGGAAACUCGCUCAGCAUAAUUUUAUCGACCGACGGAGACAUUACCAGCUCUGGAUUCGAAGCGACCCUGACAUCCAUACCGUCGAUUUGCGGUAAGUCCUCGUACCAAAUAUCGCGAACCCCGCAGCGUAUAACUUCCCCCGGAUACGCCUCGGGCUCGAUACCCCGAAGUCUCCACUGCAGCUACUUCUUGGACUCCAGCGUGAGCCCGUACAGUUUGAUACACAUCCAAAUAAAAUAUCUGGACCUAGAGCCCGGAGCGCGGGAUACGUGCGAUCAGGACAGGCUGGUCAUAUACAGUCACCCGAGAUUCCGGAACGCCACAACCGGGAAGGAUUUUAUUCACAACGAGGACGAGAGUAACUUGAUGCUGUACGCUCACUUCUACGAUUCUAGUCUCGUGUUUCCGAAGACGUUCUCUCUGUGUGGCCUGAAGCGUUCGGUAGACUUUUACGUGACGGGGAGUGUGAAAAUUAAUUUGAUCACGUCAUCCGAAGCCGGUUCCUCUCACAAGGGAGUGGAUCUAGAGGUCUCCUAUCUCGGAAUUUGCAACAAGAACUACUCGGAGGCUCAAGGUCGAAUACAGAACACCUACGAAGCCCCCUUAAUGACUCUCGAAAACGACAAAGGGGAAUGGGACUGCCACACUCUAAUUACCGUUCCGGAGAACCACACAGUAUCGACAUACUUCCUGUCCGCGAACCCGGUUUACUGGAACGAGGGGGUGUUCCUCGAGAUAUUCGACGGCAACGUCACCACUGCCCCUCUCCUCCGGAACAUCUCGAAGGAGUAUUCUGAGAACUACCCGGUAUUCUCGAGCGGCCGAUACAUGCUCCUGCACAAUCAUAUCGUGAACACCGAUGCGGUGACCUUCGAUCUAGUGUACGUGGCCACGGAUAAGGGUAAAGGGUGCGGGGGGAAGCUGACCACGGAGGACGGUCAGGUGACCAGCCCCCUUUACCCAGAAGUUUACAGGAGAAGGGGCACCUGCGAGUGGGAACUGGAGACCCCCAGCGGGACCCGCCUGCACCUCCACUUCUCCGUCUUCGACCUCGGCCGGCUCUGCGAUUCGAAUUACGUGACUCUCGUCAAUAGAAAGGGAGAGACGAUAUCGACGUUCUGUCUGGAACCCCCGGCCGAUUACACCAGCCCGGACAAUUACGUCAAAAUAGUGUUCACUACGACUAUGAAUAACGGGGGGACGGGCUGGGUCGCUGACUUUGUGGGUGUGGCGUAAUUAUUUUUAUACAAAUUAUUUAAUUUCACAUUUAAUUUAAGUAAUGCCAAAUAUUUAACAGGAAUAGCUGUAAAUCGCAACUUUGAAAAGGUUUAUUUAUUUUGUUAUUUAUUAUUAUUAUAAAAACACGUUUGGUAAAAAUAAACAUUAGUUGUUACUCCUAGCGCCAUCCUGUGUUGAAUAGGGGUAUUAAUAUAAGUACAAGUUGUUGUUUUCUAUUUUGAUUUCAAUUUAUGACAAAAUUUUGUAUGGUGAAAGAAAGUAUUUUUUAAAAACAAAUUAAGAAAAACAAUUUUAUAAUGU